AGAUGGAAGAUUCACUUGAAAAGUCCAGAGCAAAGCCAGCUUUGGAGGAACUACAGGUUCUUCCUAGAUGGGUUGUAUACCAUGAACUAGUACUCACAACCAAGGAAUAUAUGAGACAGGUGACAGAAUUAAAGCCAGAGUGGUUGGUGGAAAUUGCCCCCCACUAUUACCAGCUUCAGGAUGUUGAAGACUCAUCUUCGAAGAAAUUGCCACGUGGACCAGGACGUGCUCAAGAGGAUAGAUAGCUGACACAUCUUUAUAUAUGCUUUGGCUGGUAAAAAAAUAAUGUACUGUAAAUAAUUUAUAACUGUAUAUUUAGAGUAUAGCAUCCUAUAUCCUUACCUGUUGAAGUAACUUUCGCAGUUGCAGUUGCAUGUGCAUCCUUUGGUUGAGUGUUGAUUUCACUUACCAACAAAUUUUGUCAUGUAGAUAUCAGUCUCAUUCUUUUGUAAUAAGUGACAUCUAAUUCAAUUUUAUUAGCACUGCUAGUUUAGUAUUGUAAAAAAUUUUUAGUGCAGUGCUUUAAUGUAGAAAAUAUUCAGAGCAACUUGUAUUUACUGCUCAUGGUUGUACAGAUUCAUUGAAUCUGGCAUAUGCCAUUCAAUAAUCUCUUAAAUUCGGUUUUUGGUA